AUGUCUUCAUAUCAUGUUCCCUUCCGUUCAUAUCUAUUUAUCUAUUAUAGUCCUUUCAUAUCUGUCUAUUUAUUAGUCUAUUCAUAUCUAUCUAUCUAUCUAUCUAUCUAUCUAUCUAUCUGUAUUGGUGAUGCAUUUAUACCCCGUGGCCGAAUAUCAAGCGUUCCGUCGAAGAUUUGGGAUGAAAUUGUAUCAGAGGUAGAAACCAGAACAAAAGAGUGGCCAAUUCCUUUUACUUGUGCUGAUCCGAGCAAGGACAGUGCUGCAGUCUUUCAUUUAAAUCGUGCCAAGGCAUUUCAACACAUCCUGCGCAGAGUCAAGAAGCAUGGCAAGCAAUAUGGAGUUACCUCCCUUGCUAAGACACACAGAAUUUUGCUCAACUGUGCUUACCUACAUUUCCAAAACAGAGUCUAUGAUCUUCAACAAGUACGUGCUCUGCUUGUGUUAUUACACAUGGUUAAUUUACUCUCUUGUAAUGGUUAUUCUGUUGUUGGCAUCAUUCCAGGCGAAGGUCAUUGGAAUGACGACAUUCUGCAGUUCCUGGAUAUAGACUCUCUCAAAAAUAUUAUUCACAAUUUUUCAAUUCCUGCUGAACCAGAUGUAACUUCUUCUUGCAUGACGAGGUUGCUACAAGCUGCAACAGAUUCUACUCAUCGUCACAGACAGCAACAUUCAGAAACAAAUAAUCAAGAUGUUCCCAAAACUGAUUCUGAAAAGCCAAACAAUUCUUUACUGCUGAAUUUACGGACUUACCUUAAUUCUAGUAGCAUAAACUCUUGUGCUGUCAAAGGUUUUGAUAAGAAUCUUAAUUUGGUUGAGGUUUGUCAGUCUGAGAAACCUACACCAAUUUUAGAACAAGUGUCAGUCUUGGAACAAUGUCUUCUUUCUUUAGAAAAGGAAGAAGCCUGCAUUGACAGUGUCAUGCACUUUAUUCCCAGCUCUCAGUUUUAUUACCAGCAACAAUUACAUCUCACUUGGAAGAUGUUGUCUCCAGUACCACAUUCUCUUCAGCAGUUUCAUAUAGAAUUUGGCCCUGUUCAAAGACGGAAAGGAAUGGACAAGAACUCCACAACUGUUGAUGCGCAAACUUAUUUAAGAAAACGACAAGAACAAAUGGAGGAGGCUGCAAAGAUGAAAUAUGGUCUGCUGGGACAAGGUGCUGAAUGGGAAAGCAUGAUGAGAGGACUCUUGAAUGCCUGUGUCAAGUUUGAACUUCUUCGUACAGUUUGCAAAAAUGUGGCUAAGGUGGAUUUACUUGACAUUAAAAUGCAACCCGAUGCCACCAUUGACAACCAAGGAGGACCAUUUGUAAUGUAUAACUGUGCGAGGCUGGCAAUGUUGUUUGAGAAUUUCCGCAAAGCAGUGAAGCAAGGUGUAUACCCAAAGCUUCCAAGUGUUUCUAAGUGUGAUAUGAGCACUCUCAAGUUAGAGGAGGAAUGGAUGCUUUUAUACAAUUACAUUGAGCCUUAUCCCUCUCUUUUACAAAGCACUGUGUCUCUCUCUUCUGACUGGAUACGAUCGGAAAUACACACGCACAAGGUUGUCAACUUUCUGGUUUCCCUCAGCCAUUGCUUCAGUUCCUAUUACAGCCGAGUCCACAUCUUAACAGAGCCUCGUCCACAUCUGUUGCCUGUGAUGUUUGCACGUCUACAUCUCAUGUCUGCUGUCUACCAAGAGCUGACUCUCUCUCUCUCUCUCUCUCUCUCUCUCUCUCUCUCUCUCUCUCUGCUUUUAUCAACUUCACUUCCGUUUGACGCUUUCUCAGGUCACCCAAUGAAUUCACCCAUUGUUGGCGUUAAUGCAGCAGACAUGGCGGCUGCCACUUGA